AUGAGAUUCUUCACCAUCGCUCUUUUCUUCUGUAUCCUGUCCAACGUAUUCGCUUGGUACCAUGGGGAUCGUGCCGCUUUGGCUGAUGAUGAAUAUGAUCCAGAAGCCAUCGAGAAUCGUCAACACAUCGCCAAGGAGUAUAUGGCUCGUGAGAAGCUUCGUAGAAGAGUUCGUGAGGAGAUCGCCAAAGAAGAAAUCCGCCACAUGUACCAAAGAGAGAAGAUCCGCAAGGCUAUGGAAUCCUUUAAUGAGUGA